ACCUAGGACAUCCAGGGACCAUGACACAUACUUUGUAAAUGGUGCAAACCAGAACUUUGAUGAGCUUAGUCACACUGAGAUGCUGGACUUAAAAACACAUGUAUUCCUAUACAGUACAUAGACACAUCAGAAACCUGAAAGAACAAAACCCAGCACGCAAAAGAAUAGGAUAUCAACCUGAGUGGAUUUAACCAAGUGGAAAGAAGUUCCUGUCUUGUGGAAUAUUUUUCGAUGACCUCCUACCAUUUUCACAAAUCGUUUCCAAGAUUUAACAAACUUGCAAGUGAAGCUAUGACACAAGGCUCAAUCUGUUCUUAAUCUGACGAAGAGGAUGUUACUUUAAGGCCACAUUUGCUCAAGUGACCCAGUUGUUUGUGCCAUAAGAAUAAAAAAAUCUAAAUAAUAACUUGGAAAACAGUAGCUAUUGUAACUAACAAAAGCAAUCACCAGCCUGUAAAAGAAAUGGAUGUGUUUGGAGGUGCUCCACGUGUGCUUGGUUAUCCACGUCCAGUUCUGGUGAAAUGUGGGACAGAUGCUAUACUUAAAUGUCAGAUUGGUGGAGAUCCCCAACCAGAUGUGAUUUGGGAGCGAAAGAAUGAGCCUAUUACCCCUGAGGGUCGUUAUUGCAUUUCUCAAGAGUGCAAAGUGUACACACUUUACAUUUCUGGGGUGACCAUGGAAGAUGCUGGACAGUAUAUUUGCAGAGCCAAGAACAGUAUUGGGGAAACUUAUGCAGCUGUUACCCUAAAAGUGGAAGAAGAGGCUCAAGAGCUCCAGCAAACACAGGCUCCACUACAACUACAAAAUGAAAUACAGUUUCCACCAGAACAGGAAAUCAAAAUAAUAAAGCAACAGCAGUUAGAGCUGGUCCAGAAGGCCAAACCAUUCCAAGACAAUAAGCCUCGUUUUCUGAUCAAACCACUUUCUCUAAGAGUAGACCGUGGUGAAGAUGCUGCAUUCUCCUGCAAGCUGUGGGAUAAACCCUUGCCUGAGGUUGUGUGGGAAAAAGACGGCAAACAGUUAAAUGAGAUCUAUGAAAGUGCUCACUACCAUGUGGGCCAGCAAGAUGGUGGCUGGUUCCAACUAAAGAUUUUUAGAACAAGAGCCCCAGAUGGAGGUGUCUACACAUGCAAAGCUAUCAAUGAGCAUGGAGAAGCAAUAGCUGGAGCAGUGCUAUUGGUGGAGCCCAUUCCAGAGCAAAGGCAAGAAAGCAUGACAAAUGGCUACAGCAAUGGGCACUGCUUGCCACAUCAAAGUAGAGAUGUGCAUUCAAAGGCCAAACACUCCAAAGAGCCUCACCUUAACGUGGCAAAAGCUAAAAAAUUUGCUGUGACAGAAGGCAAACAUGCCAAGUUCCGCUGUUAUGUAACAGGAAAGCCCAAACCAGAGAUUGUAUGGAAGAAAAAUGGAGAACCUAUUAAACCGGGCCGGAGACAUCUCAUCUUUGAAGAUAGAGAUGGUUAUUACACUUUAAAAGUACUGUACUGCAAACAGCAAGAUACAGGACUCUACAUAUGUGCGGCCUCAAAUGCUUUGGGAAACACAUUGAGUGCUGUGCAUCUGUCAGUGAAAGGGCCAUCAGUUCGGUUUAAGAGAGGCCUACAAGAUGUAGAGGUUAGGGAGAGGGAUGUUGCUGUUUUGGAAUGUGAAGUUCCAGACGAGUCCAUUUCCACAGCAUGGUACUUAGAAGAUCACAGACUGCAAUCAGGGAAUAAAUAUAACAUGGAACAGAGGGGCACACGACGAUGGCUCACCAUUCGAGAUGUCGGGGCAGAUGAUGAUGGGGUCUACCUGUGUGAGAUGCCUGAUGGUGGAAAGAGUAUUGCAGAAUUGGCAGUCAAAGGUACGAUUGUGAAGAAGCUUCCAAGGAGACUUGAAGUAAUGGAGGGAGAGAAUGCAGCAUUCUGUGUAGAGGUAGAUGAAGAUGAGAUGGAGACCUGUUGGUUUAAAGAUGGACUGCAGUUAAAAGAAACCCAUCAAACCAUAAUUAAGUCAUUCGGAAAAACCCACAUUCUGGUCUUUGUCAGCACAUCAUACCAAGACUCUGGCACAAUCACUUUUACCGCAGGCAGAUCAAAAACAAGCUCUAAGCUAAGAGUUAAAACUGCUCGACAGUGCCCACCCAUCUGUCCUGUGAAUGUUCAGAUGAACACUGACUGUCCAAAUGUUGCCCUUCUCUCCUGGUCACCAUCGCCUAACUUGCAAAAAUCCACUAAGUCAGUGUAUGUGAUAGAACGACAGGAAGUGGGGUCUCAGGAGUGGCAGCGAUGCCUUACAACAGAGACAGACAUUUCUGUUGAGGUCCUGGGUGACAGUGUGCCAUGUGAGGGCAAUUACAGAUACCGUAUCUGCUGUGUUAAUAAAUAUGGCAGAAGUGGCCAUGUGGAGUUCCCUAAAGUGGUACAUCUGGUCCCAGGUCCAGAGAUCAAAGUCCCUCUGAAGAAUGCUGUGGUUAACGAGGGGGAUGAUGCUGUAUUCUCCAUUGAGCUCUCAACUUCCAUGAUUGGCACAUGGUUCCUGAAUAGCACACAGCUGCAGGACAGCGAGCAGUUCUCCAUUGCUCAUUCAAAGAACCAACACAUCUUACGUAUCCAUCGGGUGCAUAAUGUGUAUGAUGGAGCUGAGAUCACAUUUAUUGCUACUGGUGUACGAGAUUCAGCAGUCCUGCAAAUUAAAGCAGCCGAGGUGAAAUUUUUACCUCUUUCAGAGACAGACACUAAGAAGAACAUUGAGUUGGGAAACCCAAUCGUGCUAUAUUGUGAGGUGUCCCACUCCACGGCCACUGUUUGCUGGUUCAAAGAUGGACAGGAGCUCAAUGUAAACGAGAGGCUAAAUAUCCAAUCUGAUGGCUUAAUGAGGAGGAUUGUCAUUCAGUCAGCAGAAUACUCUGAUUCUGGAGUGUACACCUGCAAAUCGAGCAAGGAUAUACUCACAUUUAAUGUGAAUGUUGAAGUGACCCGCUCCAUGUUUGAGUGUCUAUCAGAAGCAGAGAGGAACAAGUCUAUAGUGGCUGGAGAACCCAUAGUUCUCCAAUGUGAGGUGUCAAACCCUGAGGCGGAGGUGUGCUGGUUCAGAAAUGGAGAGCCUCUAUUUCCACAGAAUGGAAUAGAAAUCCAGACAAAUGGGAACAUGAGGACAAUGAUCAUCCAUUCUGCAGAUUUUUAUGACUCUGGCACAUAUAGCUGUCAGUCAGCUGAUGAUGUAGCUAUGUUUCAGGUGGACAUUACAGGUCCACCUGUGUCAUUUAAAGAGGUUUCACAGGAAGAGAGGCAGAAAAGUGCUAUGGAACUGGACCCUGUGGUUCUGACCUGCGAACUCUCCAGACCAGAUCCACCUGCCAGCUGGUUUAAAGAUGGAGUUGAGGUUGUUCAGUCAGACAAUAUUACCAUUCAGGCUGAAGGCACCAUGCGUAGACUGAUAAUUCGUUCAGCCGAGCUUGCUGAUGCUGGGACAUAUACUUGCCAUGCUGGGGACCAUGACAUAUCAUUUUCUGUCAACAUUAAAGAACCUCCAGUUACAAUUGUGGACCCAAGAGAUGACAUACAUAUAGAGCGAUAUGUCUUGGAGGAGAUCGUCCUGAAAUGUGAGCUCUCUCGUUCUAAUAAAGACGUUCACUGGUUUAAAGAUGGCCUAAAGCUCCAAGAGAGCGAAAACAUCCAAAUCAGUGCUGAAGGCUCGUACAGGAUGGUGACUAUUCUCUGUGCUUCUAAACGGGAUUCUGGAGAGUAUGUGUGUGACACAGGUUUUGAUUCAGUUUUCUUCCAGCUCAUUGUCAUGGAUGCUCCAGUCCGCAUUGUGUCCCCCAGUGAGUCAGAGGUAGAGGUGUGUAUACUGAGCUCUGAAAGGCUGGUCCUCAGCUGUGAGAUUUCUAAAUCAGAAGCAGAAGUCUGCUGGUAUCGUGAUGGCAUGGAGGUAGAUGAGAAUGAUAACUUGAUACUGGUGGAAGAUGGGAUCAACCGCAGGCUGGAGAUUCAAUGUCCUACAAUAGAUGAUUCUGCAGAAUAUGUAUGCGAGACAGCAGAUGACUCUGUCACAUUUUGGGUGAAAAUAGAAGAGCCCCCUGUACAGCUUUCCAGCUCCAAGGAGAAAGGCAGUGUUACAGAGAGUUUUGUUGGUGAUCCUGUGGUCCUUGAAGUUGAGGUUUCCCGGAAUAAUGCAGAGGUUUGCUGGAUAAAGAAUGGUGUUAAGGUGGAGGAGAGCAGCAACAUUACGAUUACUGAGAAUGGCCUUGUUCGCAAACUAACCAUCCAUUCACCAACUCUAAAGGAUUCUGGGAUAUAUACAUGUAAUGCUAUAGACGACACAAUGGAUUUCCAAGUAAAAAUAACUGAGUCACCUGUAAAAAUUCUGAAGAAGGAUGAAAUUAAGACUGACCAUAAGGUUCUGUUGUAUGAUGACGCUGUCCUGGAGUGUGAGCUGUCCAGGGCCAAUGCUGAAGUCAGUUGGUAUAAAAAUGGCAGUCCUAUUGAGGAGAAUGAGCGUUUUUGUUUUGAAGAGGAAGGGGCCUUCAGAACCUUAGUCAUUCUCUGUGCUGAGCUGCAGGACUCUGGAGAUUAUAUUGUUGAUGCUAAAGACGAUAGGGUUUCAUUUAAUGUUACAGUACAAGAGCCUGCAGUGAAGAUCAUUGGAAACUCUGGGGAUCAUAAUUACCAGGAGAUGAUAUUAGGAGAUGACCUUACCUUAGCUUGUGAGGUUUCUCGAGCCAACGCAGCAGUUAAGUGGCUUUUUAAUGACAAACCAUUGGUCCCUGAUGAUCGGACACUUAUUGAGAGCUAUGGAACACUCCACAAGCUGACCUUAUCCAACAUCCUCCUCUCUGACUCUGGGAAAUACAUAUGUGAUGCUGUUGAUGACAAAAUGAUAACUGUUGUUAAAGUCCAAGAGCCUCCUGUUGAGUUCCUCAACAAAGAAGAGGUGAACUUAGUCACUGGUUAUGAAGCAGAGUCUGUAACUCUGACCGCCAUGGUCUCUAGACACAAUGCCCCAGUGCGGUGGCUUAAAGAUUGGACUCCAGUUAGUGAAGAACGUUUCUUGAUAGCCAGCCAGGGCCUGGCCCGCACUUUAACCAUUGACCCAUUAAAGAGGCUUGACAGUGGAGAGUACACUUGUGAUGCUAACACGGAUGAGAUGCACUUUAGUCUGCUGGUCAAAGCAAUGCGCAUAAAAUUUGUGAAGCCACUGAUUGACACAGUGGCCCAUAAAGAUGGUAUGAUCACACUACGGUGUGAGUUGUGCAAGUCGAAAGCAGAUGUCCAGUGGCUGAAGGAUGGAGUGGAGAUCAUUCCCAGUCGUUGCUUCACUAUCCGUGCUGAUGGGCCAGAGAGAAGCCUAACCAUCCAUCGCAUAGCCAAAGAAGAUGCUGGAGAAUAUGCUUGUGAAUCCAAAGAUGACCGAACCAGCGCCAGAGUAAGAGUGGAAUUGCCUCGUGUGGUGGAAUUCCUCACAGAGCUUUGCAAUACUACAGUCAUGGAGGGUGAAGAUGCUACCUUUAAGUGUGUGGUCUCCCCUGACGACGUUCAGUUGGUCUGGCUCAUGGAUGGGGAUCCAAUCAAAUCCAAUGAUCGCUUCUAUAUAGAACAGAACAGCCUCUGCCACACUCUGAUAAUCCGGAAGGUCCAGCUGCUGGAUUCCUCCCGAAUUACUGCAGAGGCUGAGGGUGUCAUAUCUAAAGCCAGCCUCAAGGUCCAGGAUGCACAGGUGUUGUUCACAAGAAGAAUGGAAGCAGUGAUGGCUGAGGAGUUUGGAGAGGCCACAUUAGAGACAGAAGUGAACACAGAGUCUGGGGAAGUGCAGUGGAUCAGACAGGGCUUGGUGAUCCAACCAGGACCCAGACAUAAACUGACCCAGAAUGGCUGUAAACGCAGCCUGACCAUCUCUAAUCUCAGCCUGUCUGAUCGAGGCACCUAUCGCUGUGAGACCCUUCAUGAUCGUACGCAGGUCAAACUCAACGUGGAGCCAAGGAAGAUUGUCAUACGCAAGGGACUGACAGACAUUGAGACAUUUGAGAGAGAGACAGCUUCCUUUGAGGUGGAACUUUCUCAUGCUGAUGUGGAGGGUGUGUGGCAAAAAGAUGGUCUGCGUGUAAAACCCAGUAACACCUGCCGGGUUAGUUCUAAUGGACGAGUUCAUGGCCUCACUCUCUCCAAGCUCACACUGGAGGAUACAGGAAGCAUUGUCUUUUCUGCAGAGGGUUUGAGAACUACUUCUAGGCUGGUAGUAAAAGAAACACCAGUAAUGAUCAUUAGGAAGCUGUCUGAUGUCAGAUGUGAGGAGGGAUCUUCAGUCACGUUGGAGUGUGAGCUGUCUAGACAAAACGUGGAUGUCAAGUGGCAGAAGAAUGGGUUAGAGCUUAAAUCCACCAAGACGCUAAGGAUUUAUUCCGUUGGACGUAAACGCUGUUUACAGAUCAUGGAGUCCAGCAUCAGUGACUCAGGCAUUUAUACCUGUGCCACAGGUGACCUCAGCUCUACCUGCAAACUUGAGGUCUAUGAACAUGAAUUAGAGAUCAUAUUUGGCCUGGAGGAUCUUUGCAUUAAGGAAGACCAGAACGCUGUUUUUAUGUGUGAAUUGUCUAUGGAAGAAAUGCCUGGGGAGUGGUACAAAGAUGGCAGCAAGAUACGUCCAAGCCCCACCAUCAAAACUCGAAGAGAGGGCACAAAGCAUUUCCUGCUUAUAUGCAAUGUGAAGGCAGAGGAUUCCGGAGAGAUCAAGUUUGUUUCCAAGCAAAUCGAGUCAGUUGCUCAUCUUGAGGUUGAAGAGCUACCUGCAAGUAUUGUCCGUCCUCUUAGGGAUCGUACAGCACUGGAGAAACAUCGAGUCAUUCUUGAAUGCACUGUGUCAUCCCCACGUUGUGAUGUCACCUGGUAUAAAGAGGGUGAAGAACUGGAAUCCACAGAACGAAUGGAGAUAAUACAAGAGGACUGUUACCACAAACUGGUCAUCCACCAGGUGGCACUUGAAGAUGAAGGAACCUAUAGCAUUGAGGUUGGAGAGCACACAUCCACAGCCAAGCUACUAGUGGAAUCCCAGUCUAUUGUGGUGGUAAGGAAUUUAGAAGAUGUGGAGGUGAGGGCUCCUGAACCGGCUUGCUUUCAGUGUGAAGUGUCUGUGACUCUCAUGAAGCCCCCCAUCUGGACUUUGAAUGGGGAGACCCUGCAGUCUGGACUUGAUGUGCGAAUAGAGAACAGAGGGAAUGUCCACCAGCUGACGUUCAAAAGAACCAGACCUGACAUGAGUGGGACUGUCAAAUUUACCACAGGGAAAGCAAAGUCAUGUGCGAAACUGACAGUGUUGAACUGAAUUAAGAAAAAUGUCAUGUACACUGGAGAGAUAACACAAGAAAGAACACUUUCAAGUAUUCAAAGUAAUGCUCUUUAAUGUUUUUCUUUUACAUUUAGUUUAUUUCCAAAAAAGAUUCAACUGUGCUAUCAUAAAGGUUAUAUCAAGCGACA